CAAAAAAAAAAAAAAAAAAAAAAAAGGAAAACAAAAAGAAGGAAUGGACGAAAGGGCAGGGAGUGCGGGUUGCAGGGAAAAAAGGGCGACGAGAGAGCGACAAGCGCAGCGACAGCGAGAAGGCGAGCCAAAAGGCCCAAAGCCAGACCGUGAAGAGCGACCGGCGCAGGCGGGGCGACCCAGGGUGGCAGGCCCGAGCAGCGCGACGAGAGGGCCCGACGGCAGAAAAUGAGGAUGGGAUGGGAUGGGUGGGUGCAACUAGUGAUUCCAAGGAGCAGGGCAACGCCGGAACUCGACGGUGGAUCUCCAUCCAUGAGGCCGUCGCGGACCCAUCCUGUCCUUUCAUGCAUUCCAAUGGAAAGCUGAAAAUGGUCUGGAGGCAACGUCGAUUUCGGGUGAUUUUAGGGGGACUGGGGAACGUCACAACUUUUCUCCCUCCCCAGCAGGAUUAUAUCAUGCCUCGGGCCAGGCGAAGAGAAGGGCAGAGAAGGAAAAAAAAAAAAAAAAAAAAAAAAAACAUCUCCAAGCUUCAACCUUUACACUUCAAACUUCAUAGAGAAACAGGUAAUGGAAAUCACUGGAUGGACUUACUGAAGAAACCAAAAUCCAAAGAGCCAGUGGGGAUGACAGAAGCAGGUACCCCGUUUCACUUUUUGCUGGGGGGUGAUUUUUUUCGUUUCCUUUUUUGGUUUCUCUGGGUUUUGGAAUUGCUGGUAACUACCUAACCUUAGUACGGUAGUAAUGACGUUCUCUAUUUUUGCGUUUUUUUUUCUUUCGUCUGAAUCGUUCUUCCGAUAUAGUUUGUAGUUGGUUCCUUUCUGGCUGAAGGUCCUCCGGAACUCGUUCAGAACUCUUCAGGAAACACUGACAGCAUUCGGCGCGUCCAGGUAAUCCGAUCUAUGCAGUCGUCUGAAUUCAGAAAGGAGGGGAAGAGGGGCAGUUUCAUCGAAAAAUUGACCCG